CCAGAGAACAGAGGAUUCGAUGAGAAGGGAGGUAUUACAGGAGCUUUACCGACAGAGCCAAGGGAUUUUUAAUAGAAAUAUCGGACCUUUAUCUUUCAAAUUUGGGACUGAAUUUAAAUUUUGGAGUAAAAGAAGUCACCUGAAGGAACCAUGGGAACCAGAAGGGCUCUCAUCCUACAGAAAAGGCAAGUCUUGAUUUUCUUUGUUUUGCUGGGAUUGUCUCAGGCGAGUGCUGAAUCUUUGCGCUAUUCUGUAGCGGAGGAAACAGAAAUUGGCUCUUUUGUGGCUAAUCUGGCUAGGGAUUUAGGGCUGGGGGUUGCAGAGCUGUCCUCCAGGGAGGCCAGGGUAGUGUCAGAUGAUAAUAAAAAGCAUUUACUCCUCAAUUUGCUGACCGGAGAUAUGCUCCUGAAUGAGCGACUGGAUCGUGAAGAGCUGUGUGGCUCCACCCAGCCCUGUGUGCUGCCCUUUCAGGUGGUACUGAAAAACCCCUUACAGUUCUAUCGAGCUGAGCUGCACAUCAUAGAUGUAAAUGAUCACUCUCCUGCAUUCCUAGACAAGGAAAUAACUAUUAAAAUACCAGAAAGCGCUACCAUCGGAGCCACAUUUUUAAUUGAGAAUGCACAGGAUCUGGACAUAGGAAGCAACAAUCUCCAGGACUACAGCAUUAGCCCCAGUUCUCAUUUCUAUGUUAAAAUCCAUGACAGUGGUGAUGGAAAGAUAUAUCCGGAGCUGGUUCUGGACAAAGCUUUAGAUCAUGAGGAGGAAUCUGAGCUUAGAUUGACACUUACAGCAUUGGACGGUGGGUCUCCACCCAGGUCUGGGACAACAUUGGUUCUCAUAAAAGUCGUGGACGUCAACGAUAAUGCUCCUGAGUUUGCUCAGAGUUUCUAUGAGGUGCAGGUCCCAGAGGACAUGCCUAUUGGCUCCAGUAUUAUUGCCAUCUCUGCUAAAGAUUUAGAUAUGGGAAUUUAUGGGAAAAUUUCAUAUUCAUUUUUGCAUGCAACAGAAGAUAUUAGAAAAACCUUUGAAAUCAACCCAACAUCUGGGGAAGUCAAUUUGAGAUCACUAAUGGAUUUUGAAGAGAUACAGUCCUAUUCUGUAAAUAUCCAAGCAACAGAUGGUGGAGGACUUUCAGCAAAAUGCACUCUUUCAGUUAAAGUAUUAGAUAUAAAUGACAAUGCACCGGAAGUGAUCAUAUCAUCAAUUACAAAGGCAAUUCCAGAGAAUGCUUCAGAGACCCUGGUCGCUCUAUUCAGUGUCCGAGAUCAAGACUCUGGAGACAACGGAAGGAUCCUUUGCUCUAUUCAGGAUGACCUUCCAUUUAUUCUGAAGCCCACCUUCAAGAACUUUUUCACUCUACUUUCUGAAAAAGCACUGGACAGAGAAAGCAGAGCUGAGUACAACAUCACCAUCACAGUCACCGACAUGGGCACACCCAGGCUCACAACCCAACACACCAUAAGAGUGCAGGUGUCUGACAUCAAUGACAAUGCCCCUGCCUUCACCCAAACCUCCUACACCAUGUUCGUCCACGAGAACAACAGUCCAGCCCUGCACAUAGGCACCAUCAGCGCCACAGACUCAGACUCAGGCUCCAAUGCCCACAUCACCUACUCUCUGCUGUCGGCCGAGGACCUACAGCUGGCCCUCCCCUCGCUCAUCUCCAUCAACGCAGACAACGGGCAGCUGUUUGCGCUCAGGGCGCUGGACUAUGAGGCCCUGCAGGGCUUCGAGUUCCACGUGGGUGCCACAGACCGAGGCUCACCUGCGCUCAGCAGCCAGGCUCUGGUGCGCGUGCUGGUGCUGGAUGACAAUGACAAUGCACCCUUCGUGCUUUACCCGAUGCAGAACGCCUCUGCGCCUUGCACUGAGCUGCUGCCCAGGGCGGCAGAGCCUGGCUACCUGGUCACCAAGGUAGUGGCUGUGGAUCGCGACUCUGGCCAGAAUGCCUGGCUGUCAUUCCAGCUGCUCAAGGCCACGGAGCCCGGGCUGUUCAGCGUGUGGGCGCACAAUGGGGAAGUGCGCACCACCAGGAUGCUGAGCGAGCGAGAUGUGCCCAAGCACAAACUGGUGCUAUUGGUCAAGGACAAUGGCGAUGCUCCGCGCUCUGCCAGCGUCACGCUGCACGUGCUAGUGGUGGAUGGCUUCUCUCAGCCCUACCUGCCUCUGCCAGAGGUGGCGCGCAAUCCCGCGCACGAAGAGGACGCUCUAACACUGUACCUGGUUAUUGCCUUGGCAUCUGUGUCUUCUCUCUUCCUCCUGUCUGUGCUGCUGUUUGUGGGGGUGAGGCUGUGCAGGAGGGCCAGGGCGGCCUCUCUGGGUGGCUGCUCUGUGCCUGAGGGAAACUUUCCUGGCCAUCUGGUGGACGUUACUGGCACUGGAACCCUGUCCCAGAACUACCAAUACGAGGUAUGUUUCACAGGAGGUACUGGAACAAAUGAGUUCAAAUUCCUUAAGCCUGUCAUGCCCAGUCUUCAGCUCCAUGACCCUGAUUCUAAUAUUCUGGAAAAGGAGAACUUUCGCAAUAGCCUUGGUUUUAAUAUUCAAUAAAAUUUGCCUUUAAACUCAUAAUAUUUUCUUUAACAAAUUGCAAAUGCUUGUUUUUCUUAAUCUAUAGUGGAUUUAAGGUUUUACUGAUGUUGCAUGCAUUUUUAUUUCACAUGUUUUUCUCACAAUUACUUUGAAAAUCUUUACUGGGAUUAUAGUGAUGCAAAGAAACUAUCUGCACAUUUUGUUUUGUUUAUUUUGUCAAAGUGUUAUAUUAACAGUUCUGCUGUUUCUUAUAUAAGAAGCAGCAAUGGAAAUGCUUUUUUAAGUAUUUAGAGUCAAUGUGUUGAGCUGCUGAUUAAUAUAAUACUGGGUGGAGUCCAUAAGCAGGCAGCCCCAGAUGGAUCUACAACAGAAGACAUGGAGGGAGGGAAGGAAGGAAAUAAAAAUGGACAAGUGUUAUCAUUUAUGGGAGUUUCCCCAAUAUGCUACUAAAAUCCAACAGAGAGUCUAAAUGUUGUUGUAUCUGGGUAGAAACUGUAUUGGAUCAUUUGUAGUAUUCUCUGUUAGAUUAUUUCAUCAGAAAAAAUAAUAUUAUUUAAAUGCUGCCCUUCCAUAUCCGAUAGUAGAGGUCUUCGUUUUAUGUUUUCAAGAAUUGAUUUCUUAGUAAUUUCUCCUUCUCUGUUUUCCAAUGAUGCUUUCUAAUUAUUAAAAUAUUCUAGGUCGUGAUAUUGUUGCUUUGUUGAAUUUAAAUACACAUAUUUUCUUGGUUAAAAUUUGUGGUACUCUAUACCACUUAUUGCUAAAGCAGAAAAUCUUGUCUUAAGUAAAAUAGUCUUGUACCAGAAAAGAACAGGAUAAAACCUUCCUAGGAAUUAAAAUAAAGAUAAAAUAAAGGUUUUUAAAUUUAA